UUUAUAGUUAUACCUUUUAUAAUUGGGGGAUUCGGAAAUUUUUUAAUUCCUUUAAUAUUAGGCUCCCCGGACAUAGCUUUCCCUCGUCUAAAUAAUAUAAGAUUCUGGCUUCUUCCACCUUCCCUAACUCUUCUUAUUUUAAGAAAUUUUAUAUAUAUAGGAACUGGCGCUGGAUGAACCUUAUAUCCCCCUCUUACAUCUAAUAUAUUUCACAUUGGACCAUCAGUAGACCUGAUUAUUUUCUCUCUUCAUAUCGCAGGUAUAUCCUCUAUUCUUGGUGCUAUUAAUUUUAUUUCUACAAUUAUAAAUAUACAUCAAAAAAUAUUAUCCCUAGAUAAAAUCCCUCUAUUAGUCUGAUCAAUUUUAAUUACAGCAAUUCUUCUUCUUCUUUCCCUCCCUGUUCUAGCUGGAGCAAUCACUAUAUUACUCUCAGACCGUAAUUUAAACUCCUCUUUUUUUGACCCAAGAGGAGGAGGAGAUCCUAUUCUUUACCAACAUUUAUUUUGAUUCUUUGGCCACC